CAAGAAUUUGCACAGUUCUCCACCUGUCAUUUAUCUGAAGACUGAACAAAAGACAUGUCAGUUCCCUUGGCCUGGAUUCAGCAGUUUCUAUCUUUCGGAGCAAGAGCUAAGGAAGAAAUACCCCUAUGAAAUGGUUGUACUGCUUGCCAAUGAGUACUACAGCCAUUGUCAAGAUAUUUUACUCAUGGUGAGAAAGAAUGAGCUUGACAAGGUGGAAGACUGUAUCAUGUCAUUCUGGAGGUCUCUGCAGCCUGAAAGAAAAGCACUGAUGUCCUUGCCAGAUGUAUGCCAGCUGUUCAAAAGCUAUGAUAGGCAGCUAUUCAAGGAAAUGGAGAACAUCCUAUUUUAUGAUUUCCUGGAGGAAGUGCCUGUGCAACACAUGAAGUCAAUCAGAAUGUUCAGUAAAAAUGUUGGACAUUGGCUGCUUAAGGCUUUGGAAGAAUUUCCAUUACCACUCCAAACAUCCAAAUGUAAAGAAGUUACAGUGUUUAUAAAAAGACUCAGGAGAAAGACAGACCUUUCUAACAUGGCCAAGACAAUGAGAACAGUCUUGAACUGCAACAGCAAAGUCACUGUUCUGCGGUCAGACUUGCAUGCUGUCAUCAAUCAGGGAUUUCUGGAUGUGCCUGGAAUCCUCUUUCAAAUGAAGUUUAGGAAUCUGGAGGAGCUGCAGAAUGCCAUAGAACUCAAAUGUCUGAACGACUUAAUCUCUUCACUGGCAAUUUCCACAGAUAUUCGGGUCCUCCUGAACUGUGUGUCCUCAAAUCUUGAGACUUUUGUCAUUCAG